AUGAUAUCACAGCGGGAAAGAGGUGAACUUGCUCGAUUUUACACUGUUACUGAUCCCAAAAAGCACAAGAAAGGAUACACCGUUUACAAAGUCACAGCAAGGAUUAUCUCUCGGAAAAACCCUGAGGACGUUCAGGAGAUUACAGUCUGGAAGAGAUACAGCGAUUUCCGAAAACUUCAUCGUGACCUGUGGCAGAUCCAUAAGAAUCUGUACAGAGAGUCUGAGCUCUUUCCCCCCUUCGCCAAAGCUAAAGUAUUCGGUCGUUUUGAUGACUCAGUGAUUGAAGAGAGGAGACAGUGUUCAGAGGAUCUGCUGCAGUUCAGUGCCAACAUACCCGCUCUUUACGGGAGUCAGUACAUACAAGACUUCUUUAAGGGUGGGGAGGUUCAGGACGGCUCUGAUCUUAUUGGUCCAGCUGAGCCCUUCUCUGAUUUCCUGGCCGACAGUCUGUCUGACUGCAGCUCUGAAGUUCAGAAAGACUCAAGUGGCCUGGAUGAUUUGACCGCAAACAGCCAGUCUGAAUAUGGUGGUCCCUCCAGCGACAGUGAUCUGACAUCUUUCGCAGUUGCAGAUGAAGACUCCCUGGCAGAGUUGGACGAUGGAAUGGCAUCUGGUGCCCUUCUCUCUUCCCACAGUCAGAGGGCGGUGCUGUUCCCCUCCAGCCUGAAAAACCGUCCAGGGAAAAAAGAUUACCUGGAGAGAGCCAGCGAACAAAUACGAUUGGCCGUCCAGAAAGAGGCGGAGCAGGAUUACCAAGCAGCGUUGACGUAUUAUCGGAGUGGAGUAGACCUGCUACUGCAAGGAGUACAAGGUGAGGUGAGCCCCAGCAGGCGGGAGGCAGUGAAGAGGAAGACAGCGGAGUAUCUGAUGAGAGCUGAGCAGAUCUCCGUCCUUCAUCUCACAGACGACAUGGGGCAAAACUCCACCCAGAACAGAGCAUUGGGUCCUCAGUGCUGUGGUGUGGCUUGGGGACAUGCCUCUCAGGCAGACGAGCUGAGAAACUACAGAGUGCUGGGUGUCAUAGACAAGGUACUUCUGGUGAUGGAUAAGAGGACUCAGGAGACUUUUAUUUUGAAAGGAUUGAGGAAAAGUAGUGAGUGUGGAAGAGUGAAGAAGACUAUUAUCCCCCGUUCUGUCCCCAACAUGGUGCAACUCAGGAAAUACAUCAUCUCUGAGAAUUCCAUCUUCCUGCUCCUGGAGUAUGCAGAAGGUGGUAAAUUGUGGUCUCACAUAUCGAAAUACCUCCGUAGCAGCAGUGACAGUCCUGACGAGAGUUUUGACAUCCCAUUUAUCCAGAAGUCCCACACGACGGCCGUCCGAUCAGCCCAAGCCCUCCUCCCUGAACUGGGAAGCUCCAGCAGUGCAGACUCUGGACCCACCCAGGACCUCCAGAUACAGGGGGCAUCCCUGCUCAGCGUUCUCCUCCCUGAAUCUGGAGCUACAUCAGAGGAAGAGUGUACCAACAGCUAUCUCACGUUGUGUACAGAGUACGAACAGGAAAAGGUGGAGCCAGAGGUACUUGGAGAGGGGGAAGAGGAUGGUGUGGAGGUAGAAGAAGACACAGAUGUCGGCGCAGUAACGUCGAAAUCAUCCCGGACGCGUUCGUUGCUUAGCAAUGACAGUUUGUGUUCUCCCAGUGCGGCUCAGGAGCUGAGGUUUUUCACAGAGGAUGACGCUGAUCGGGAACGGGAACGAGAUGGGAACGACGUGUUCAGCCCUUUGGCCGACCGUCCAGUCACGCCGGACUCUCUUUCUCUGGACCAGUCCAAACGCUCGCCUAUGGAGUUCUUCCGUAUUGACAGCAAAGACAGUGCCACAGAGGUUGUUUGUCCGGAUUCGACCUCUGACCUCCGACCCAAACAUGACCCUUGCCCCAAACCUUUCUUCCUCUCAACCUCUGACCUGGGCUCAGAGGUUACCGAAGACCUGGUGGACCUGGCAGAGGUUGUAGAGGUCAGGGGUCACUCCUGGGGAUACCUAGACAGUGAUCGGGGCUCAAACGAGUCUGUGCCGGUCAUCUCGUUUAAGGACGCAGUGGUUGAGGAGGAAGCACGACCUCCUGACCUUUUAGUGAAUCUUCCAGAGGUCGGAGGGGUCGGGGUGGAAGCUUUAGAGGAAGAGCUAGUAGUUGGGGGCGUGCCUUUGGCAGUGGAGGCCACGCCCUCGCCUAAAUUUGGCAAACCAGACGUCCUGCAGCUGCACCAUGACCUAGGUGAGGAGGCGGGACUGGACCUGUCAGUAAAGGACAACCCUUCCUCCCCCUGUAACCAAGCUCAGCCCACAGAAGAGUCUCUAGCCUUUGGAACACCUGAAAACAUGUUCCAGGGUGAGAACGACCCCCCUACAGAUUUGUUACCCCAAACCCCUCCACCAUUAGACACUCUCUCCAACUCCCAAUCACACAUCCUGCCCUCUGAACUCAACAGCCAGUCAGAAUGUGUGAUGAGGGCAGGAUCAGACACAGGGGCGGGGUUAGAGGCGGGACCAUCACCCGUUCCUGUGGACCCUGAAAAAGGGGAGGGCGUGGAGAGAGAGGGUAAGAGUGUGUCGGAGUUGUUUCGACAGCUAGACGAGCUGGCAUUGGUGGCCUCUCAGAUGCGGAUCCCUGAGGCGUUGGUGCGGUGUUGGGCGACCCAGUUGGUUCUGGCUCUGGACGCGCUACACCAGGAAGGCAUCAUCUGCCGUGACCUCAACCCAAAAAACGUCCUCCUCAAUCACAGAGGCCACGUGGAGCUGACGUUUUUCUGCAGCUGGAGUGAGGUGGAGGAAUCGUGUGACCGAGAGGCUGUUUCAGAGAUGUACUGUGCUCCAGAGGUGGGCGGAAUUAACGAGGAAACAACAGCCUGUGAUUGGUGGAGCUUGGGUGCCCUUUUAUUUGAACUGCUGACAGGAAAGUCUCUCCACCAGUGUCACCCGGCUGGGAUUAGCAGACACACGUCUCUGCACAUCCCUGACUUUGUGUCAGGGGAGGCCAGGUCUCUGCUGGAGCAGUUGCUGCAGUAUAACCCUGUGGAGAGACUGGGUGCAGGAGUGGCAGGGGUAGAGGACAUUAAGUCUCACCCUUUCUUUGCUACCGUGGACUGGCCUCACUAAACGCCACUUCUCACUCUGGCCAAGGUCAAGGGCAAAGGGCAAAGGUCACAGCGAGACGACAUUAUGAGGACUGAGCUGCUUAAGGACCGGUCACUCAGGACACACACACACACACACAAACACACACACGCACUAACCACACAGAGCAUGUAACACUCUCAGACAUCACCUUCAACAUGGUGAGAGCUAAUGGACAUGGUCAAAGUUCAAAGGUCAGUUGUUACUUGAGACUACUUCAGACAUGUCAACACACUCUCACUGCCCUCAUGUGUACACACACAAACACACACACACACACAGCUCUGUUUUUUAACGGUUUGUUUGUUUAAAAGCUUCAUUUAGUCUGCAUACGCUCAUAUAUGUUAGAAAAUUGACGUGAAAAUAACAAUAAGAAAAAACACUCCUAAAGCAAUAAGAGAGGUAGGAGCAGAGUCAUCAAUAAACGAGUGAAGAGAGGGAGAUGCACGGCAUGGACAGUACGAAAGAAGAAGAACGCUACGACUGGUGGACAAAAGAGGAAAAGAGGAGUGUAUCCCUUCAUCAUUCUGUCCUUUACUCCCCUAACUCUCUCACAGGAAUUCUCUAUCACUCAGCCCUGAACUACAGACACACGGGUUUGUGCACUACAUUGUGUGUUCACUGGUUACCAGUCCACUCAGUGACCAGAAUGUUCUUACCAAACACUGACAAGCAUUACAAACCCUCCCUUUACCAGUUUACCUGCCAAAGUCCCUGCAGGACCUGGAAACGCCUGACCUGCCCAUUUAUGUGUUUACAAUACAUGUCAAGGUCUUCAUAUGAAAAACAAAGACUUUGCCCCUGAUACUGUGGAUGUCAACUCUGACUCCAUAAAGAAAUUUCCCAACUGUAAACCAUCCUUUUUAUUUGUCAGUAUUUUGUU